AUGCUCGGUGGAAACACGCUGCAGGCUCAGCAAUCCACCGCUGAACCCCUCUAUCGUCCUUCACACUCGACCCCAACACGACCCAACGCCGAUUACUCUGGCAUACCGACGCCAGCACCAGCCGGCGCAUCACGAUCAGCAACAUCAGCAACGUCAUCAUUAUCCUCAUCGUCAUCAACGCCAUCACAUUCUGGUCCACAGCCUGCCAAAGUUAGCAGUGCCGCCGCAUCCACACCCGGCGGUCUGCAACAGCAGUCUCGUCCGCCGUCUGCUGCCCAGGCCCACGGAGGACUCUCCACCGCGCCCUCAUUCGCAUCUCAACACCCGGUGCCACGAUCGGUACCCAUUGCAGAAGACCCCUUGUUACAGCACUCCUCUCGCCCGUCGCCGGUGGCCCCGGGAUCCGGUGCAUCUACGUCCUCCCCGGCAAGCGGACGCGGUGCACCGCAAAGGGGCGAUGCUACUCCCAGUACGCCCCGGCGGAUCAAAGUGCGGGACUUGUCGCACAUUGAGAGCUUUGCGAGUGAAGAGUUUCUAUUACAGUCCCGCUCCGCACAUGGCGCAUGGCAGGGAUCAGACGAGGUGGGCUUGCAGUAUGAGAUUAGCGCAAUGCCCGUGACCGAUAUCAUUGAAAUGGUAGCUGGCCUCUUGACCAAAAUUACCUCCACCAAUGAUCGCCAACAUGAGCAUCUGCAUCGACACAUUCCGCCGGCCGAAGGAACAUCAGGCCUCAGCCAGCAAAGCUCGAGCGUCUUGGCUUUUCACGGCAAGAACAUUCCGAGCAUCACCAUCCUGAGCUACCUAACCCGAAUACACAAAUACUGCCCGACAACGUACGAGGUCUUUUUAAGUCUACUAGUAUAUUUUGACCGAAUGACGGAGCGAGUCAACACGGCUCCUCUUCGGAGCCUUGCUCAGACCAAAGCCGCACAACAAUCGACUGAGCACCUGGGGCCGCGAGACGAGAUUGCGUCGCCAGCUGAAGCCGGCACUCCCGCCGGCACCGCAUCAGUACCACCACCACCACCACCACCAACAACAAUACCGUCGGGUGGAGCAGCAGCAGCAGCAGCAGCAGCAGCAGCAGCCACACCUCCUUCGUCAGGUCACUUGGCCGCGCAGGAGAGAGCCGACGCGCCCUCUCCAUCAAUACCACCGGGACCCACGCCGCCAGCGGAUCCCUAUAAUCUGUCACAUUUCUUUGUUGUGGAUAGUUAUAACAUUCACCGGCUCGUCAUUGCCGGCGUCACUUGCGCCAGCAAGUUCUUUUCCGACGUCUUUUAUACCAAUUCUCGAUACGCCAAGGUCGGUGGACUACCUCUUGUCGAAUUAAAUCACCUCGAAUUGCAAUUCCUAGUGUUGAAUGAAUUUCGACUUUCUAUACCAGUAGAAACGCUAGACGCGUACGGCACCAUGCUGGUGGAAUUCUACGCCCGGGAAAUCAUGGAACAGCGGCUCGGAGACCAAGCCAUGGAAAUCCAAUCGCCCACGCCGCCUUAG